UCCGAGGGCAAGCUAUCGGGCUGAGCAAGCGAAAUACCUACUCUCUGUCCUUGUCCUCGCCGUCGUUGUUCUUCCCUGGACGAGAAACAUUUAAUCUUUUCUCGCCUUUGUUUUUGGUUCGAAAUAGAAUAGAUUGACGGCACAAGAUUUUCUUCGCGCAAUCUGGGAUUUCUUUGAUCUUACUUCGUUUUCCUGAUAAAUUUGUCUGAACAAAAAUGAGAAACCGAAAAUGGUUCGGGAAAUGUGCUUCAUCUCCUCAAAGAAAGGAGAGCGAGGCUCAACUCUUGAAUCUCGAUGAUGCACCAAUUGCUACGAGACUGAGAAGCAGGGAUAAAGAAGUUGAGGCUUCACAAGCUAGGCCCAAUGGAGUAACUGGUUCCAAGUAUCAAGCAGAUAAAAAAAGUCAACAUUUAACGCGUCACAGCAAUCGCUCUGAAGUAAUGGGGGAUAGUGAAGUCCACAUUUCAUCAUCUAGUCUCACAAUUGGGCAGAACAGAUCAAGGAAACUUUCAGAGGGUCCAAACAAAAGCAACGGAACAAAAUCACAUUCAAAGAACCAUGAUUAUUACAGAGAGAAACGGAUAAUUGCCAACAAAAGAUUUGGUCAACCUAAGAGUGAAGCCAAUAAUGCUUCAUCUUCUUCUCAAGUUCCGCGAGAUCAGAAAAUGAAAAAUAAUGUUAGACUUUCAGAAGAAUCUUCUAAAAAUAGACAUCUAGAAGAUGCCGAUGACCUGCCUGUUGUGGAACCUCACCCGUGCUAUAUUAGAUGCGAAGAGAGUCAACGACACCUACUGGGUUGGACGUGUGAAUUAUGUGAGAAAGAUGUUGCAGUCUCACCCUUUGGAGAACAGGGAGAGGACUCUUAUCUUUAUCCUGAAGUGUCAGUUUUCCCCUGCGGUCAUGUCUAUCACAGUUCAUGCUUGCAGCGAUUUCAGUCUGGCGAUCAGGACCUCACUCAUGGUCCCUGCGUCUUUUGCCUCAGCUUGUCUUCCUAGUUUUAACUUCUUUUUGUUUAUUUCUUCGUUUAAUUUCAAAACGAUACAAUUAUUUCGUGCAGAGAGAAAUAAAGCAAUUAUUAUGUUUGCCAA